UUGACAGUUGACAUUUCUUUUUGAUAGUAAUAAUAUUAGUAAAAAAUAUAACAAAAAUAGCAGUAAUAAUGUCCAGAAACGAAAUAUUGUACGUUAAAGGAAUGAACAUUUCAGAAUCGGAGGUUGACGAUGAGGAACAAGACAUCUGGGAUGAUAGAAAGCUUAACGACGCUUAUGACAAAGCCUUACAGAUCGCCAAUGCAGAAGUGGCCAAACGAAUAGCAUUGUCAACAAACACAAACCGGAAAAGUAAUGAUCAACCUGACAAUAAAAAAGACAAGACUGCCCCCAAACCAAGUACAUCAAAGAAUAAUAAAAAGGAACCAAGCACGAAAUGGAAAUCAGGAAUGCAUUGCAGGGCCUUGUAUGAAGAGGAUGGAUUAGAAUAUGAGGCAUUCAUAUUAAGUGUAUUAAAUGAUAAAGAGUGUGUUGUGAGAUUUUUAGGUUAUGAAAAUUCCGAAAUUGUGCCUAUAAAUACAUUAAAACCAACCUUAGGUAAAACUGAAAGAACCAAGCAAAUUGAGGAGGCAUUGAGUGAAAAGGCUGAAAAUCCAUAUGCAAAUGCUUCUCCAGAUCCUGAGCAAAUGGAGUUUGGCUCCAACAGAGAUGAAGCAAGUUCUAAUCCUGAGCCUGUAGAACAAGUGAGAUCAUGCAAUAGAAAGCAGAAAACAAAAAAGAAAAAGAAUAAUAAACACAUUAAUGGUUAUGAACUUCCGGAACUGCCAUCCCUGCCGAAUCUAGCUAUGUUGUUGAAUAGUGGUCCAAACGAUGUACCAUUACCACCUCCGCCGCCAUUAGGCUUCCAUACAUCAAAUAGGACUGAUUCAGAGGAGCAGGCGAUAUCGUCCAUGCUGCUCAGCUGGUACAUGAGCGGGUACUACACCGGACUCUAUCAGGGUCUCAAACGGGCCCGGGAAGGCAAGAGAAAUCCCUAACGAAAAAAUUAUAGGUGCAUAGGUAAUUAAUAAAAAAAUAUACACUUAAAUAUUUUUUUUGUUUUUAUUUUUAGGCUCACAUAAAUGAACAAAUAAAAAUAGAAAUGUGGUUAUCAAGUAAACAAUAAAUAAAAUUAUGCCUCCUGUUCCAUGUCUAAUAUAUGUACAUAAUUUACAUUUGUAUCGAUUUAGUUUGUUUGUCACACUGUUAGUAACUUAUCACUGAUUGGUGGGUUGAAAUUUCUAUUUAUAAAUUCACACAUCACAUAUUACUUCAUUGCAUGAAUAUUUACAUGAUUGUUGCUGUCUCUGUCAUUCUCUUUUCAUUGUAUAAUGAAUGACAGAGAUAAAUAUGUAUAUAUUAUUGCUUCUUGAAAAUGCUCAACUUUGUACAUAAACUAAGCAAUAAAUUUUGAAUAAAACAGUUAGUCUUUUUCUUGUUUAAUAAUGUGAACUAUUGAUAUAUUCUGUACACCCAAAA